AUGUCAACAAGAUCUUCUCUCCCAGUCAUAGCAGUAAUCGGUUCCCUCAACGCAGACCUCACAUCCUACACAUCUCGGAUUCCCAAUGGCGGAGAAACACUCCACGGAACCUCCUUCAAAACCGGUUCUGGAGGCAAAGGUGGCAACCAAGCUUGCGCUUGUGCAAAGCUAUCUCGAUCAUCAACCAAUUUACUCACUGGCUCAGCAACAGUAAAGAUGGUUGGAGCUGUUGGCAAUGACCAACAUGGCUCCAUGCUCUUGAAAGAUCUCCAAGCAACAGGCGUCAAUACCUCCGGCGUUGUGGUGAAAGACGAUGUUGAGACUGGCGUUGCAAUUAUCAUCGUCGAGGAAUCCUCGGGCGAGAACCGGAUCUUGUUGAAUGCUGGAGCUAACUAUUCGAUUAGUCCUCUCCAAUUUGAGGAGUUGCAGGAGCCAUACCCGGAUUUGAUUAUUUUGCAACUGGAGGUCCCCGUUGAGACGACGGUGCAGAUUCUUCGUGCUGCGAGGAAGGCGAGCGUCCCGGUUCUGCUGAAUCCUGCACCUGCUGUGGAGUUACCGGAAGAGGUCUACGAAGGGCUAGAUUACUUGAUUGUGAAUGAGAGUGAAGUGGUUAUCUUGUGUGGUUGUAGUGCGGAGGAGAUUGAAGAUGUGGAGAAUUUACCAACUGUUGGGAGGCAGUUUCACGAGAAGGGAGUGAAGAAUGUGAUUGUUACUUUGGGAGGGAGAGGAGUGUUUUUCUCGGUCAAAGGAGGGGAGAAUGGGUUGGUUGAGGCGAAGAAGGUGGAGGUUGUUGAUACCACGGCUGCGGGGGAUACUUUUGUUGGAGCUUAUGCGUUGGAGGUUGUGAAAGGAGAGUUCAAUGCGAAGAGUGCGGUGGAGAUGGCGAAUCGAGCGGCGGCGUUAACGAUUGGAAAGAAGGGAGCACAGAGUUCAAUUCCUUGGGCGGAUGGAUUGGGCGGUAGUUGA